CUUUUUGCUAGCAGCUUGUUCCCAAAAGAAAGAAACGGCGGGUGAGCAAAACUAGCCACGGCGAUGGCCAUUAGAAGCGUUAGCAGAACCGUUCGACCUCUCUGCUCGAACCUUCUUCCUCCUUUGCUUCGCUCAUCCACAUCACCUCCGACCGCCGAGACCUCGCAACCCAUUAAGCCUCUAUCCACCGCCACCCCCGCCCCCACCGACGAUGAGCAGACUCCGCCGAAACCAUCCGAGUCCGACUCCAACUCCAGGCGAGACUCCAUGAUUCUCGAAAGCUUCAGGCUUAGACAACUCAGAGGCUCUCCCAAACCCCCACUGAGCGAGGCGCCCCCGACGCAUCCGCCGCCUUCCGGAGAGAGGAGUGGCGACGAGGAGGUCCUCUCGGGCUUGGGGCCGCUGGGGCUGAGCGGAGAGGUGGUGGAGGCGGCCGAAGAGAUGGGCGUCUUGGUGCCGAGCGAGAUUCAGUGCGUUGGGAUUCCCGCGAUCUUGAAGGGGCAGAGUGUGGUCCUGAGCUCUCCUUCCGGGUCGGGCAGGACUCUGGCUUACUUGUUGCCUCUCGUUCAGAUGCUGAGACGGGAUUCGCAAUUGUUCGGAAUCGAGCGUGACUCCCCGAGGGCCAUCCUAUUGUGUUCUUCGGACGAAUCAUGUGACAAGGUGUUUCGUAUGGCAAGUUUCAUCACCAGUUGUGCAAAAGUAAAAUCAAGUGAAAAAUGCGGUGGUGAUGGAUCAGAAGAUAAGGGAGGUUCACUGAACGCCCCAAUUGGGUUGUUGGUUGGAACCCCUGAAGAGGUCCUUCAGCAAAUUGAAGAAGGAGAUGUUAUGACCAGUGCAGUCAAGUACUUGGUUUUGGAUGAGGCAGAUAUCAUGUUAGAUGCUGGCUUGCUUCCCAAAAUUCAAAAGAUUUCGAGCCACUUGAAGAACUUUGCUGUUGAAUCUGAUGCUCAGCAAUUUCAAGCGGUUCUAGUUAUUUCACCUAUCUCGAAGAUACUAGAAAAACAUGCUGUGGAGCGUCUGGAGCAUGAUCGAGCUGGUAAAGUGGCUGCAAUGCUGCUGGAAAUCGACCUGAAAGAAGCACUCUAUCUGAUUGAAUCUCAAGAUGCCUUGAGGAAGAAAAUGGCGGAUGCUGUAGGGUUCUUUCAUUUGGCUUCUUGAUCAUCUCAUUCGGUCUAGCUUUGUAGUUUGUACAUAGGCUUAGCCAACAUACCGUCACAGGGUUCAAGAUGUUAUUUCACGAUGCAUGCGGGCGUGCUUGUUCUUUGUAGGCGUUGGUCGCCACUGGCCUGUGCUUUGCCGAAAUUUGAGGCGUAUCAUCUAACAUAGUAUGUCCAUGCUGAGGUUACCAGUUUUAGUUGUGCUUUCUUCGCAUGUGGUUUUAUGUUUGUGACGACAGACUGUUUGACAUUCAUGAUUGUUAGAAGUUGAAGCUUGUCAUA